AUGAAGAUCAAUCGCAAUACAGUCCUGGUAGGGUGCAACGUGGCAUUAGUACCCUACCGCAAGCAGCAUGUGCCUCGCUAUCACGAAUGGAUGAAGGAUCCGCUCAUCCAGGAGCAGACCGCCUCCGAGCCGCUCUCGCUCGAGGAAGAAUACGAGAUGCAGCAGUCAUGGGCGGUCGACGAGGACAAGCUUACAUUCAUCAUCCUUGCACUUCCCCAAGAGCAUCAUGACGCGUCAGAUGUUGAUACCAUCGUUUCCCGGGGCAAGAUGGUGGGUGAUGUCAACAUUUUUUUCAAUCAAAGGCAUGAAGAAGAAGAGCAAGAUCAAGGGGACCAGACGCGAGAGAAACAGUGUGGCUCGACGCACAGUGUCGUGUUCGACGCAGAGUGCGAGAUAAUGAUUGCAGAACACAGUCACCGGCGCAAAGGGAUAGCACGUCAAGCGUUACAAAUGAUGUUCUCGUUUGUCACAUCACAACCCACCCCCAAAGCUCGUUCUCUCACAGAAUUAUCUCACGCCAGAUCUGUGGACGUUAGCAGCGUAGAUUCAGCUGCUGCGUCGUCCGUCAAUAAACAGCACUGCACACUGCCGAUUCCCUCCGAUUGGCUCACCUGCAAGAUUUCUCUGAGCAACAAUGCCUCUAUCAAGCUGUUCGAGUCGCUCGGCUUCGCCCGUCACACCAUCAGCGAAGUUUGGCAAGAAGUCGAGAUGCGCUUUUCCAGCACCGAUGCGGCGCUUCGGCAGCAAUGUGACAAAGCCAUUCGCCAAAUUCUCUUCUGGCAAGAUGGCUGA